AGAGACCGCUUUUCCGACCUCAUAUUCCAUCCAACUCAGCUUCAGCUCUCCAGCUACUCUGACCACUUCUCACAACUUUCCCCCUCAAUAAUCACAACAAACACACAAGAUGGAUGCCAUCAAGCAGGUGCGUGUCAUCAACACAAGCUCCAACACCUCACUCCCCCCACACCACAUCUACAUGAUGAAACUCAACGAUUCCCCUUAAUACACCGCAAGGUGCAUGAUUCGAAAUCGUCCAAAUUACAGUCUAUAUCUGAUCACGAUGUCGCUGCUGCUCUCUUCAAUUACCCCUCAGCCCCACCGCUUCUUGGGCCAAAGCUGACAUGAGUCCCAACAACAGCGCAUGAACGCUCUCCGCCUCGAGGCCGACGAGUCCGCAUCCAAGAACGAGGAGCUCAAGGCAAAGGUCAAGUCGCUUGAGCAGGAGAACCUCGCCAAGGAGCAAGAGAUCACCUCGCUGAAGCACAAGAACCAACUCCUCGAGGGCGAGCUAGAGAAGAUUGAGGGUGGCCUCAAGGACGCAAAGGCUGCCGCCGAUGAGAGCGCCCAGCACGGCACUCAGAACGAGAGCUUGCAGAGAAGACUGCAGCUCCUCGAAGAGGAGGCUGAGGAGGCCGACAGAAACUUGAGAGAAACCAACGACAAGCUUCGCCAGACCGACGUCAAGGCCGGCCACUACGAGCGUAAGGUGCAGGCCCUGGAGGCCUCCCGCGACCAAUGGGAAGCCAAGUACGAGGAGAUGAACGCAAAGUACAAUGCCACCAAGAAGGAGCUCGACGACUUUGUCGCCGAGAUUGGCAACAUCUAAGCCGCACCUUCCCUUCACCUUUGCAUCCGUUCGUCACGGCCCUUUUCUCGUAUUUCCCACCGUCUUCUUCACAUCGCCGUUUCUUCAUCUUGGGUUGUCAGCAUGGGCG